AUGCUUAGGUCCACGUACACCCCUCCUCCUCCAUUACCACCUGGAUGGACUGAGCACAAGGCUCCUUCCGGUCACACAUAUUAUUACAACUCGCAGACGAAACAAUCCACAUAUACUAGACCGCAUCCCAUUGCGGCUGAACCUUCUUUACCGACACCAGUGCCGAAUCCCGCUGCCAAUGCCCCGUUUCUCACGCCCGACACGCUCCCACCAUUUUCCUCCACACCGUAUUCGCCUCAGGGCUACGGGCCCUCCUCAUUCGGCGCUCCAGGCUACAAUCAGCCCCGGGGCGGAUUUAGCGGAGGGAAAUCUUAUCAUCAUCGCCGACCGCGUGGGCCUGAGGACCGGCCGAGAUCGAAACAUGCCCUACCAGGAUGUGAACCAUGGGUGCUAGUGAAAACCAAACUGGGAAGGAGAUUUGUCUAUAAUACGGAAACGAACGAGAGCUUCUGGAACAUCCCGACCGAGGUACUGAAGGGCGUUGUUGAAUUUGACCGUCUUGAGCGAGAGGCUAAGGAACGGCGCGAACGUGGAGAGCCGGAGCCCGAGAAAGCGACGGUAGCCGCCGGAGAUGAUACUCAACGCGAACCGGAGAGCGCCGCUGCUGCCGAGGGCGCGGGUCAUGAAAGCGAUGAGUACGAGGAAGUCGAGGUCACGGACACCGAAGGAGAGGAUGAGGAUCAUCCAUUCAAACGGCAAAGAACUGGCAGCUCAGAAAAUCAACAACCCGUCGAAUUUACAGAGGAGGAUAUAGAAUACCAGCUUGCGGCAAUGGGCGAAGAAUACGGCCUCGACCCCGGUGAAUAUGGAGAGCCAGGAGAGGAGGGUUGGGAAGAGGGCGCUGAAGGACUGCCGCUCACAGAUGAGGACGCUGCUGCACUAUUCCGUGACCUUCUUGACGACUAUAACAUAAACCCGUUCACAACAUGGGAGAAGAUCAUUGAAGAGGGCCGCAUAAUAGAGGAUACGCGCUACACCGUCCUCCCAAACAUGAAGUCACGCCGCGAAGCAUUCUCAUCCUGGAGUCGAGAUCGGAUCCAAGAAAUAAAAGAACGCAAAGAAAAGCAAGAAAAGAAAGACCCCCGCAUUAAGUACCUCGCCUUCCUUCAAGACUACGCAACCCCAAAGCUCUACUGGCCCGAGUUCAAACGAAAAUACAGAAAGGAGCCAGAAAUGAGAGACACCCAGCUCUCUGAUAAAGACCGAGAAAAGUCCUACCGCGAUCUUGUCUCGCGAAUGAAACUGCCCGAGAGUACUCGGAAGUCAGACCUCUCUACGCUGCUUAAAUCAGUGCCAUUGCAUGAGUUGAACCGCUCGUCUAAUCUCGAAGCCUUACCACCUGCUAUCAUCACAGACCUCAGAUACAUCGCGCUGUCACCUAAGGUGCGCGACCCGCUGAUAGAAGCUUUCAUUUCUACUUUGCCCGCGGCACCGGAGGAAGAUAUUUCUCCCGAGCAGAGGGAAGAGCUAGAGAAGAAGAGGGUGGAACGAGAGAAGCGCGAGAGGGCCCUGGCAGAGCGGCAGAAACAAGUUCAGGAAGAUGAGCAGAGGCGGAAACGUGAGCUUGCCCGCGGUAGGCACCUCUUAGAGGAGGGCGAGGCGGAGAUCCAAGAGGCUAUGAGGGUUGGGAAGAGUGGGCUUCGAAGUCAUCUAGAGCCACAAUCUGCAGAGCGGGAGCCUGUAGAUGGGGAGUAG